UAUAUUCCCAUUGCCAGUGGUUUUCAAUUUUCAUAUCUUUUUUUUUUUACCAAUCUUAUACUUGGGCUUAAGAAAGAAAACUACCGAGAAAAGUGAGACGACGCUUCAAUAUCAACGGCCACCACAAUUUAAGCCACCUUCACAGCUACAAUGCACGCCCGAGACGCUACCGGUCGUCAGGUCUCGCUCCUGAACGACGACCCAUAUGCAUGCCACCAGUCAUACCAAACAGCUACCCACUACCAAACUGCUAGCGAUCAGUCACCGCCGCCUCAUACCCCGGAGCUUCUUCGUUCAGACUCGUACGACUCCAACGCUAGCUAUGAAGCCUAUUCUCCAUUGACGCCCGGUCUGUACGACUACCCGGCGCGACAAUUAUACGACGACUACUACUGCGAUCAACAGGUUGUUACGAAGCGCCCUGUCUAUGCCACUGCCAGUCGGUCCAACUCGUAUGAAGACGACAGCUCCGCUAGCUCCGGCGCACCUGAGAAAACUGGCAAACGCUAUCCCUGCCGCUAUCGCGAUAGUCACGGUUGCGAAAAGACCUUCACCACUUCGGGACAUGCCUCUCGUCACUCCAAGAUUCAUACUGCCGAGAAAGCAGUUCAAUGCACGUACCCUGGCUGUCAUAAGAAGUUCACACGCGCAGACAACAUGAAGCAACACCUCGAGACCCACUUUAAGGAUAAGUCGAGAUCUUCCACUUCGUCGAAAUCCAAGAGCUCGUCCGUUUCCUCCUCUUCCAAGCGGGGCUCAAUAUCUUCCAAAUCAUCGUCCUCGCACCACAGUGGACCCGCUCCCGAUAUGCACAUGUGGGAACAAGACCAAUACAGCUCUGACGCACAACCACUUCCGUCUCCGGGCGGCGCUUGGGACAUGCGUGGCCUCAACAUUCCCCUCAUGAGUCGUCCAAGCGCGGCAAGGACCAGUAGCGGGUUAGAUGCGCUCGCGGCAAUCGCCUGUCAGGAAGGUGCCUAGCAUUUCCCUCAUCUUACCUUCUCUCCUUUUUUUUCCUUUUUCUUUGAUGUCAGCAUGACACCGCGCGGCGCUCAAGAUGGUAUUAAUGAAGGGGUAAUGAGCUC